AUGUAUAUCACUGGGUCCUACUCGACUACCUUGCACGCCGAAGGCUCUAUCAAGGCUUUCAACUACUCGAACUCAAAGGAGAAAUGGCUUCAAAUCCACCCCACUCAAGAAUGGCACGACUUGUAUUCAUCCGAAGGAUCAGACGAUCUCCAGAGAUUCUUUGACCGCUACCUAAAUGGAAAAGACAACGGCUGGGAGGCCACUCCCCGCGUGAGAUUGUCCCUGCUCCGUUAUAAUGCACCUCCAAUCCGGCACCGACCUGAAACCGAUUACCCACCAAGACGUGUCCAGUAUGAGAAGUUAUAUCUGAACACAGAGAAUCAAACCCUGGUUCAGCAGGCACCGGGCGCUCAAUCGAACUCGAUCACCUUCGCCGCCAACGACGUUCAGGACGACGGCAGCCACUUCACACUUACCUUUAACAAGUACACGGAGCUCAUCGGCUUUUCGAAGGCUAUCCUGUACGUCUCCACCGAUGCGGGCGACGAUCUCGACGUGUACGUCGUCAUCCGCAAGCUCGACAAGGACGGCAAAGCUCUCAUCAACAACAACAUCCCCCAUAAGGGACCUCGCUCCCGGCACCACCGAAGCCAGCGUCCCCAACACCAACAUACACAAGUACAUCGGACCCAACGGCGCCCUGCGCGCAUCCUGGCGUGCUGUACUUCCCGAGGAACCUGGGCUCACCGCCGAGGCGCGCAAGCUCACAACCCCCGCUGA